ACCUGCGCUUGCGCGGUGUUGCGUCUGUCGCCGAGCUGUUCAGGGAAGGCGCUUUGAUUUUGGAAGACAUGACUUCUCGCCGAGCUUUGCACUUCGUGUUCAAAGUGGGAAACCGCUUCCAGACGACGCAUUUCUUUCGGGAUGUCCUGGGGAUGAAGGUUCUGCGGCAUGAAGAAUUUGAAGAAGGCUGCAAAGCUGCAUGUAAUGGGCCUUACGAUGGGAAAUGGAGUAAAACAAUGGUGGGAUUUGGGCCCGAAGAUGAUCAUUUCGUUGCAGAGCUGACUUACAAUUAUGGCAUUGGAGACUACAAGCUUGGCAAUGACUUCAUGGGAAUCACACUUGCUUCCAGCCAAGCUGUCAAGAAUGCCAAGAAGCUGGAGUGGCCUCUCAGUGAAGUUGCAGAAGGAGUUUUUGAAAUUGAAGCCCCAGGAGGAUACAAAUUCUAUUUGCAGAAUCGCACCCCACCUCAGUCAGUGCAUUUCUCUUAG